AUCACAUACAUACCAUUUCCAUUAGAAUAUCCAUUAUGGUGAAAUUAGUACACUACAUUUCAGUUGUUUCUUUAAUUACUUUUGCCUGCUGUAUAUCAGCAGAGCAGCACCCUAAGCCACCAAAAAUGGCAGAAUGUCUUAAUGAAAUCGGUAUAACUGAAGAUGAAGUAUUUGAUAAAAAUUUUGAAGACAGAAAGAUUUCUUGUUUUUGGAAGUGUAUUAUGGAAAUUAAUGGUCUAGUUGCUUCUGACGGAGUCGUAAAUCCGGAUAAAUUAGAAAACAGUUUUCCAGAAGAUGCUCCUAAAUUCCCUGCUGAUGUUGUGAGCGAAAUGAAAACAUGUUUAGGAACAGUCGGUAAAAUAAACAGUUGCGAUGACGUACAAAAAAUAAGACAGUGUAUUGAGUAGGAAAAAACAUAUUGACUUGUGCUAUGAUCUAAUUGAAAUGCUUGCAAUAAAUUUACUUAGGCAAUAAAUGAAA